AAGGACGCAAAAACUCAACUAAAAUAUUAAAAGUUUGACAACAAAGGCACAUCAGGACACAGGCACGAUUUAAGAGGAACCCACGAGGAGGAGUUAAAAUGCCACCUGAUGACGUGUUAGAGAGUAAGGAGAAAGCCAAGCUGUUUUUUACGGCGCAUUGGAAAGGUUUCGUCUGUUUAAUUGUGCCCAUCAUUCUGAUACCAUUGGUUACACCAUUUCCAGGAGAGAAGCAUCAAUGGUGCGCUUACACAUUAUGUCUUAUGGGUAUUUAUUGGGUGACGGAAUGCAUUCCUUUAGCUAUAACGGCUUUUUUGCCGGUCAUGAUAUUUCCGAUGACAGGCGUCGCAACCACUAAUGAAACGUGCAGAGCGUACAUUAAUGAUUCCAUAAUGAUGUUUCUUGGAAGUAUUAUGUUAGCUUACGCUGUCGAGCAAUGUGGCUUACACAAGCGUUUGGCUUAUUGUGCAAUCAAAGCAAUUGGUUAUUCUCAUUACAAGCUCCUUCUAGCUAUGUGCAUUGUAACUACUUUUGUAUCGCUCUGGAUAUCAAACACUGCUACAACAACUAUGAUGGUGCCAAUAAACUUUGCGAUAUUAAAAGUUUUUGAAGACCAAAAAAUAUUGAAUAUGUUUGAUACAAAUGCUGAAGGUGAAAAAGUAGCAAGCGACCUAACAACGUGCUAUUUUUGUGCUGCUACCUUUUCAGCUACGAUAGGAGGUAUCGGCACUUUGGUGGGCACAGCUACUAAUUUGGUUUUCAAAGGACUAUUUAUGACUGCGUAUCCUACCGCUCCGGAGUAUUUGUCAUUUCCAUUGUUCUCUGCUUUCUCAAUACCAAUGAUGAUACUACUAGAAGCCUCUACUUACUUAUAUUUGACUAUUGUUUACUUCGGCUUCCUAAGGCCAAAUAGUGCUGCGGCUAAGGCUGCUCAAAUUACGGAAAAAGCCAAGGAGGCUGCAAGAAAUGCUAUCGAGGAAGAUUGCAAGAGAAUUGGGACUAUCACGUUUUGGGAAAUCAUGGUUGUGCUAUUAUUUGGAGGUGCCAUGAUAUGUUUCUUCUGUCGAUCUCCGCAAGUGUUUCCCGGAUGGGGUGAUAAGAUUGCAGCACAUUUUGGUGUGGAGAGCAAAUUUGUUCGAGACUCGGCCCUAGCUAUGCUUGUUACAUUCCUUAUGUUUCUACUUCCAUCAACGCUCACUUUCUUUCAAAAUUGGAAAGCAAAAUUUCACGAGGAUCUUCCAAAGUCUCGAGUUUCUUCAGUACUUGAUUGGCCAGAACUAAGGGCUCACAUGCCGUUUAGCUACAUGUUCCUCUUGGGUGGCGGCUUUGCUCUUUCCAUGGCAGCAAAAUCAUCGGGCUUAAACGAGAAAAUUGGAAACUAUCUUCAGGGGCUGAAAGUGCUGCCGAAUUUCAUAAAUUUGCUUUUGAUUAUUAUAGUCGUAGUUUUCGUCACGAACUUUGCAUCUAACGUGGCCGUUUGUAAUGUUUUCGCUCCUAUUGCUAUGCAACUGGCUAAAGAAAUAAACCAGAAUCCAUUGUGGUACGAUAUAGCGGCAGGCUUCGCGGCUUCGUACUGUUUCAUGAUCCCAGUUGGCACACCUGGUAAUUUAAUUGUGCAAAGUGCUGUGAAUAUGCCUAUGCAGAAAAUGAUAAAAGCAGGUUUCGGUCCCACUGUAUCGACGGUCAUCAUAUCUUGGUUGUGCAUUUAUUUCUGGGGUCCUGUUAUUUGGCCGGACUUACAUCAGAUGCCAAAAUGGAUUAAAGAUGCAAAACCUUAACUUGAAACCUUAU